CUAAUCUUUUUAAAAUGUUAUUUAUGGCGAAACUUUCACAAAAAUUUCACAUAUUAAAAUCAUUUUUUACUACUACAUCGAAAAAUUUAAAUCAAAGCCAAGCUUACCAAAUUUUGUUUUUCGGAUCAGAUAAAUUUUCUGUAGCAUCAUUAAAAGCGUUAAUAAAUGAAUCAAAAAAUCCGGAGACUUUUGUAAAGUCUAUUGAAGUUGUGGUACCACCCGACAAAAAAACUGGUAGAGGAUAUAAAGAGAUAACAUCAAGUCAUGUGAAAAUAUUUGCUCAAGAACAUGAUUUGAAAAUUCAUGAAGCACCACCAAAAUCAUUAGAAGGAUGGAAGAUUCAAACUCCAACAAAUUAUGAUAUCGGCGUAGUAGUUUCAUUUGGAUAUUUCUUAACUCCUUCUAUAUUAGAAUCAUUUAGCAAAGGCGCGUUAAACGUUCAUCCAUCUUUAUUACCAAAAUAUCGAGGAGCAUCACCGAUACAAUAUGCGAUUUUAAAUAAUGAUAAAAUAACUGGAUUAACAAUUCAAGAAUUACACCAUGAAAUAUUUGAUGCUGGAAAAAUUCUUCGUCAAAUAACACAUGAUAUUCCACAAAAUUCAACUUAUAUCACACUUGAAUCUCUUCUUGCUACAAAAGGAGCAGAGUUAUUAAUCAACACUUUAAGAAAUUUUAAUUAUUAUAAAAAAAAUGCGAAAGAACAAGAUGCCUCGAAAAUUACAAAAGCUCCAAAAAUUAAAAAAGAAAUGAGUAAAAUUAAGUGGUCACAAAUUUCUGCGCAACAAUUAGAACAACUAUAUCGUGCUAUUUCACACCAGGUAAGAGAAAUCAUUUUGGAUUAAUGAUUGAGCGAAAUUAUUCUCUGUUAAACAAUUUUAUUUUUUUUAUUAUUAUUUAAGUACCCGUUAUCAACCAAAUUCAACAAUAAGAUCAUUCAAUUACAUAACAUUUCAUUACCUUCUGUUUCUCAACACUUAUUA